GAGAGGGAGAGCCAGGCCCCGUGUUCUGUGCUGGAGCCUGGGCUGGGUACAGCAAGGAAAUCCCCUCAUUGUUCCUAAGGAGGAACUGGGGGAUGGAAAGGACGCUGGGGGCUAUUCUUAGGUUCUGCCCCACAAAGCACCGGGUGGGAUCACUCACGUUCUUCGUCCCUCCGAGAGGAACACCCAGUUCAUCGUCAUUCUCCAGAGGCAGGAAACUGACUCACUGACCAGCAGAAGCACAGAAGGUCCCGUGACUCAGGAGAAGACAUUGACCAAAGAAACUGCGGGUCAAUUGAUGGGGUGGGAACCAAGGCAACGUUUAGAUUCAGCAGAUCGUAUCGAAACGUCCAAGGAGACCCAGGCAGCCUGGAGAGGCGGGCAUCUGCUUCACUGGAGAAGGUUUUCUAUGGCAGGAGCUGCCAACCUCAGUCUCUAUGCCCCUCCCACCUCCUUCCUCCUGCUGGGUUUCCUAGGGCUGGAGAACGCCCAGACCUGGCUCUCCAUGCCCUUCUGCUUGGUCUACGCCCUGGCUCUCCUGGGCAAUGCCACCCUACUCUGGGUCAUCUGGACGGAAUCCAGCCUGCACCAGCCCAUGCACCUCUUCCUCUCCAUCCUGGCACUCACUGACAUGGCCAUGCCCACCUGUAUCCUGCCAAGGAUGCUGGGCAUCUUCUGGGCCAACGCCCGAGAGGUCACCUUCGCUGCCUGCCUGGUGCAGAUGUUCAUGGUGCAUGCCAUCUCUGCUGUGGAGUCUGGGACGCUCACCGCCAUGGCCUAUGACCGAUACGUGGCCAUCUGCGACCCACUCGGCUACGCAACCCUGCUGACCCCGAAGACGGUGGUCAAAUUCGGAGCAGCCAUCGUUAUCCGGGCCUUUGUCGUCGUCUUACCCAUCCCUUUGCUUUUGCUGCGGCUGAGAUUUUGUCACUCCCGAAAUAUCUCUCAUACUUAUUGUGAGCACAUGGCUCUAGUGAAACUAGCGUGUGGGAACACCACUCCCAACAACCUCUACGGGCUGAUUGUGGCCCUCCUCGUUACCGGUGGAGACCUGACCUUCAUCUUCAUCUCCUACGGGCUGAUCCUACGGACCGUCUUCCACCUGCCUUCCUCGGAGGCUCGGCACAAAGCCCUGGGCACUUGUGGGGCCCAUGUGGGAGUCAUCUUCAUUCUGUACACCCCUGGGCUCUUCUCCUUCCUUUCCCACCGCUUUGGCCAUAACAUCCCCCACAGCGUCCACAUCUUCCUGGCCAACUUCUACUUGCUGGUCCCCUCCAUGCUCAACCCCAUGGUUUAUGGCGCCAAGACCAAGGAGAUCCGUGUGCGGGUGCUGAUGGCUCUGGGUCUGCGAAGCAGGAGAUUUUAGGUCUGAGGAGAGUCCAAGCCAACUCAUAGUAGUGCUGU